AUGGUGGAAACUAAUGAUGAACUUGUAAAGCCAGAGGGCGCUGACAGUAAUCAUAUGCCAAGAACUCUAGUAGCACCUGUGCCUGUGCCCACUCAUGAGGACUUUGGAGAUGAUGCGGCCUCUAUGAACCCAGAUACAACUGAAUCCAACACUGCUGGCCAUAUUGACAGUACAGAAACUUUUGCUAUUGCUACUCGACGAGUUCCCAGACCUCUACAAUGGCUGAAUGACUUUGAAAGUGGGGAAGUUUUUCAGAAGAUGAAAAUUUUG